AUGGAAAUAUAUGGUUCAUCAUGUUCAUUUCCUGUUUAUGAUACAAGUUGUGUAGUUAUCUCAGAUAUUCCACGUUUAUUAAUAAUUAAUCAACCAGUAGAAUUUACUAUUGAUGUAUCAAAAACCGGUAAAGGUCAACUUGAAGUUGCUAUUAAUAAUGGUCAAGUACCAAAACAAGUAAAAGUAUUAGGAAAUUCAAAAUUUCAUUUUACAUUUAUUCCAAUAUUAAAUGAACCUUAUAUUAUUUCUAUUAAAUUUAAUGGACAUCAUGUAUCUGGAUUUCCAAAACAAUGUCAAGUUAUUACAUCUGAUAAUAUAAUAAUUCGUGGUCUUAGUCUUAAACCAAUAUUAGUUGAUACUGAAACGUGGUUUACAAUUGAUAUACUACAUGCUGAUUUAUCUGAUUUACAUAUUACUAUAUUUACACCAACAAACGAACAAUUAGAUCCAUCAACACUUCUAACUUCAGAUGGACUUCGAGUAGAUUGGAUACCAUCAGAAAUAGGAACUUAUAUAAUUCAUAUGAUAUUACAUGGUUAUUCAAUACCUGGAAGUCCAUUUUAUGUGAAAUGUUAUGAUCCAAAAAGAGUUAUUAUUACACCACCAAUAAAUGAUAGUACUAUUGGAGAAGCAACAAAAUUUCUCCUCGAUGUAUCAAAAGCAGGUGAAGGUAAUCUCGAAAUAAGUGUUAAUUAUUCUGAUCGUAAUAUUCCUAAUGAAAUUAAUCCGAUUGGAAAUAAUCGUUUCGAAGUUCAAUUUAUUCCGCACAAAGCAAUAGUACAUUAUUGUAAUAUUCUAUUCAAUAAUGAACAUGUGUCAGGAAGUCCAUUUUCUGUAAAUGUUAUGGAAAUACAACGUGUAGUUGCAAUUGGUAAAGGUCUCGGUUCAGUUCCAAUCAAUAUUCCAACAUCAUUUACAAUUUUAACACCCGAUGAUGAUAUCGGAGAAUCAGAAUGUGAAUUUUAUAUAGAAAUUUUUUAUGAUAAUAUUCCAAUUGACAAUAGUCCAUUCAUAGCUCGAUCAUUUGAUGUUAAUCAAAUCAAAAUUCUUAAUUUUCCAUCAUCAGCUGUUGUUGGUUCAUCAGCUUAUUUUACUAUCAAUGCAACGGAUGCUGGUGCCGGUAGUCUUGAAAUAGCUGUAUCAAGAGAUGGAAAAAAUAUUCCCAAUUAUGUAAAAAAUGAAGACAGUACUUGUUUUCAUAUUAAAUUUAUUCCUGAUCAAGCAUGUAUGCAUCAAGCUCAAAUUAAAUUUAAUGGCAUUCAUAUACAAGGAUCACCUUUUCAAUGUAAUGUAUUUUCAAAUGAAUUUUUAUUUGAAAAUUAUGAAUAUGCACCAAUUAAUAAACGAACAUUAUUUUUAAUCAAAUCAAAAUUAAACUUUAAUUCAAAUAUUCAUGUUGAUAUAAUAACACCAUCUGGUAAUGAAAUAAAAGGAACAAUUGAAAAAAUUUCCACAAAUUCUUAUACAAUUGAUUUUAUACCACAUGAAAUUGGUGAACAUGAAAUAAAAUUUUAUGAUAAUGAAGAAAAAAAAUUAAUGAUAAAAAAAUUUAUUUGUCAAGUUUACGAUACAAGUAAAAUACGUUUGAGUGAAUUAUCACUUGCUAUUACUCAUCAACCAUAUACAUUUACAAUUAAUACAAUUGAAGCUGGUAAUGGUAUUUUAUCUGUUAAAAUAAAACAAAAUGGAAAUAAAGUAUUACAUGAACAAACACAAAUUUCUACUCAUAUUUAUCAAAUUUCAUUUAUACCUGAAACUGCAGAUGAAUGCACUGUGCAGAUAUCAUUUAAUGGAGAAAAUAAUUGUACGUACUUUAAAAUAUUACCAAUAGAAAAUAGAAAAAUAUAUAUAUUGAUAGUUACUCAGAAUUUAUAA